AUGGUCGACAUACCGCCUGAGAUUUGGUACCGCAUCGCCUUAUUCGUGCCCGACGAAGAGCUAUGUCAUCUCUUGGGAGUCAAUAAUGUGUUUUUUGAUUUAGCGAUGAACCUUCGAUGGAGAGAGGUCGCGAUUGAAACCAGGAGCACAAUCGAAGCUAUGCAUAUUCUCAAACGACUGUCUGAUCCAUAUGUCGCAGGGAGACUGCAUCACUUCCGAUUGCGUUUGACUCAUGUCAAAGCAAAGCACACGAGGGGCAACAGCAAUCGAGACAGGGGCAAAGACUUUAAGCAACUAAAACAACAUUUCUAUCUCAUCAUCAACCGUGUGUUCAAAAUCAAGCAUCGUGUGUCUAAUGAGAUAAACAUCGCUGCUGUAGAGAGGCUCGACCCUCAAUCUUCCAGGCCAACGUUUAGCGACGUCGUCAACGCAAUUGUGGCCGCGACGCCAUACUUUGUGAACGUCCGCGAGCUUACAAUUGAUUCAUGGGAUCUCCCUCCGUCAUACGGCAACCUCGAGACGCUAUUUUCCUCUUUCUGGACGUCAUUUGGAGAAAACCUCCAGUGUUUAUCGCUCGGGGGUAAUAUGGAAGGAUUCCGAGUGUUCAUCGAGUCGAAUCCACGGUUUAAACGAAUACAGACACUUCGAAUCGAGUUCACUAACAAUGUUUUCCGUGUCGAUCGAGAAAAGGACACUGCAAUUCUCGUGGACAUAGUUGUGCCUUUUAUCAAUGAACUAAAAGCUUCUCUCCAUAUGCUUCAAGUUUGGUCCUGGGCAAACUUGGAUCUAUCUUUCUUCUUCCAACGAUUAUCUGUCCCGCCUUUACUGAACCAUCUUAACAUCCGCAUGGCGUUUAAUAAGGUAUCAGACCCAUCUGGUCUGAAGCACCUCCUUUGCGAAGGCGCAAAGACCCUCGAAAGGGUUGACCUUCGUUUAAAUUCUUCCGGACUGCCUUUCAAUCAUACUUCGGAAGAGUCUCUGGGCCGCUGGCUUUCUCUCUGCACCGAAGACCCAAGAUGUUUUGCCAAUCUCCGUUACUUGGAUAUAUAUCCUACGAAUACAUUAGUCGGCACGGAUGUCCUGCUUACAUCUAUCAUACGAUCGUCUGGCACGUUGGCACAUUUGACGAUUCGAGAUCGAUAUUUUCAUCUACCCGAGGCAACUCUUGUGCUUGAGGCCGCCUCACGAUGCAGAAACUUGACCCAUCUGAGAAUGAACGUGUUGAGAUUGAAUGUCCCACUUCUUGACUUGCUAUCGGUUUAUGUUCCUAGCAUAACCAACCUUUGGCUUGCAGUCGGAGAGGCAUUUAAUAACAACGAGAAUGCCGGAAUUGGGCAAAAUUUCUUUCAUGAACUCCAACAACGGAGAUACAUGGACUGGAAGCUAAAAGAUCUUUCUAUUUCGCAAGGCGGUCAUGACGUCGAUAGGGAAACCUUAGAGGCCAUCGCAAAUUCUAUACCCUCAGUCAGUAGCUUUUUUGGAAGAGGCCAUAUGGAUAUUUCAUAA